UCACUUGGUUUCUUUCACCACGUGGCGCCGCUGGGUUUCUUCGUGUCAUGGACCCGAAGUUGGUGGAUGACAUCCACCGCGGCACCUCCUACGACCUGGGUCAACAGCCUUUGCUGCCGGGAAGUCCUACCGGUCGCCCAAAGGGAAAGCAGCGCAGGAAGCCACGCCUGCCUUUGGGCUGUUUUUGGCCGCUAUGGUCAGAGUGCGUUCCAUUGGAGAAAAAGACUCAUGGCACUCCAGACUGGGGCGCUUUAGGGGUGAAUGUCAUGGCGGGCCUUAUCAUGGGCGUGCGGGAGUCUUUGGGUGGAAUCGUCUCAGCAUCUUUGCUCUUUUCGUCUGACAACCUGGAGAUUUCCUCCAUGCUGCAAUUUGGCAUCAGCAUGACCCUAUACACCAUGACUGUUGGUGUUCUGUGGUAUUCAGUAUUUGGACGGCUGCAGUAUGGCUAUGGCACUCAGCAAGAUCUGAUCUGCAUAUUGCAAGCCUCACUGGCUUCAAAGGCCGCAAGACUUUUGCGAGAUGACCCUGAAAGGAUCCCUGCCACAGUCGUUUGCAUCAUUUGCUUCAGCUCUAUACUUAGUGGCUUUGUGAGCAUCGUGGUCGGCAAGCUCGCUUGGGCCACUUCCAUGUUGAUGAUCCCCAAGCCAGUUGUGAGUGGCUUCCUGGGUGCCAUUGGAGUGGUGGUAUUGCAAGCCGCCUUUAAAACGGCUUCUGGGGUACCAUUCCAUUAUUUCUGGCCUGACAUUGGCAUUCGUGCUUUUUGCUCCUCCCAGGACCGGCUUCUACAAGUGGGUUGCAUGCUUCUGCACUUCAUUUGCAUUCGCAAAGGUCCAGACUUGUGUCAUGUGCUCCUCCAGACGGACAAGAGCGGAGCCAAAUUUGCCAGUCGCAAGGAUGCGGUGAAGAAGUAUGCUGGCUUGGUUUGUCAGCUAGCGCCUUUAGUGCUUUUCUAUGGCUGUGUCUUUGGUGCAGGCGUUGGCAUGGAGGACUUAGCAGCCCAUGGAUGGACGUAUCCCAAGGAAGGAAGUAGUGGACCCCUCACCAUUUGGACCACAUACAGUCUUGAGGACGUUGACUUUCACGUGGUGCGGAUGAUACUUUUCUCCGUGGAUAUUGUUGCUUUGGUGGCCAUGGCAAUUCUGUGCACGAUGCUCGGUGCAUUAGCCAUCACCGGAAGGUAUCCAACAGGGCCAAGCGGUGAUCCUCAACCAGAUGACCCACUUGACUUCAAUGCUGAGCUGAUCACUGUGGGGGCUGCCUCCUUGUUCUUGGGCUGUACCGGAGGGAAUUUGGUCUUCCACAAAUUCUCCGUCAUCCAACUGCGCGAAGAUGGUGGCACGCACCGUGUGGCGGUGCUCACGAUCGCCCUGGUGGCUGGAAACCUCUUCAUUUUUGGGUGUCCUAUUGGAUCCUAUGUGCCCAAGUGGUUUCUGGGAGGUUUAUUCAUGAAUACUGGAUGGUCCUUUCUGAAGAAGACACUCUUGUCCUACGAGACCCUGACCACCUUUAAUUGGAGGGGUGUGCACUUGGUCUCACCGCAAUAUGGUAUUUCAAGCUGCUGUGUCUUGAUGGCGUUGUAUUUCAGCCCCACGACCUCCAUCCUAGCAGGGCUUUGCUUGAGCAUUCUAUUGUUUGUCUUGGAUGGCAUGACAACUUCACCUGUCAACAGCGUGGUGGAUGGACAGCACGUGGUGAGUCGCACCAAGAGGCCCUGGUGGGAGAUGAGCGUGCUAGCAGCUGAAGGAGACCGGAUUCGCCUUCUAUACCUCCAAGGUCAGCUCUUUUUCGGAUCCAUGUUGCAGCUCACUAGCAACUUGGAGGCUGCAGCCGCAGAUUCUCGGAUCGAAUUCGUGAUUUUGAGCUACGGCCGGGUGCCUUUGAUUGAUCCCUCCGCGGCAGAGAACAUCAAGUUGGCACAAGACAAGAUGGCAAAGUUUGGUUGCCACGUCAUCCACUGCCGGAUGAACGAGCAAGUCUUUGGGACCUUAUCCGCUGCUGGCGCCGUCCGGAAGCCCUCAGCUGAUUUGCUGAUGCGAAUCCAAACGCUCGGUUGGAGGUAUCAUGGAUCAGUGGUAUGCAACAGCGAUGAGCAUCCUGAUGCCUUCUUCCAUGAGACAGACUGCUUGGACUACUGCAAUGAAUAUCUGGUCCAAAACUUUAGUUAUAACGUGGCAUCCCCUACGCCGCCCUUGGAAGAGUACAUGCGCGAAUACCGGGAGGUCAUUUGCAACGAGCACCGACGCCUUUCGGAGAGUGCCUUCGAGAGGAUGAACGAUCUCCCGGGCGGUGUCAUGGGGCAGCUGCGGCAAUUCUGCGAAGUCCGGGUGGAUGAGCCCGCAGGAAAGAAUCUGUCAGAUGAGUUGCCAAGCAUGACGAGAGCGAUGUGCUUCAUUUUCAAAGGUGCUCUCUCUUUGGUUCAGAUCGUUCCGGUCGUGGAGAAGCCCGAUAAACUGGAAACGCACGCAUUUAGCUUCCGGCGUGGGAAGCGGCUUUUGUCCAGGUAUCCUCCAGGUCAUGUCGCGGGGAUUGAGAUUUUCUUCAAGUUUCACCAGCAACGCGUGGAGGAGAACUUGCAACCGAAGCUGAUUGUGUCCUCCCUGCUGGGACCUCCAGCAGAGGUCUGGACCUUGAGAUACGAUGGCUGGCAAGAUAUCCCAGGAUGGAAGCAGAUGCCAGACAGCUUGAAGGGAUACUUGGCACGUAUGCUUUGUGUCCAGUUUGCCGACACCUUGAAGCAUGCCAAUCUCAAAGAACGAUGAGGCAAAGUUCCUUCCAAGUGGUCGCCCUCCUUCCAAAGGCGUGGUCCUUUCCCAUAGAUGUUUAGUUCACUCUAGGCUUGGCGCGCUGGUGCAGAAAUUACUCUUGAGCACCACUUGACCUUGUUCCCGUGCUGAGCAAAA